AUGCCAGAGAAGACGGAGCACGUCAAGGAUGCCGUCCUCUCCGCUAUGUCAAAUUCAACAAGUUGUGUGAUUGAGCCCAAUCCUGAUGUAUCAGGAACGGGAAUUCGGGCAUCCAUCUAUGCGCUCUGCCUAGGCGGAACGAUCGUAAGCUAUGCCCUUCGUGUCUUCUCUCCAGGUGAAGAUGAGGAAGAAUUCUCCAGAGGUGUCUCGUCUGCGCUGGGAAUGCAAGGCAUGGCAUUGCUGUGCACGGCCAUCUACCAGACAUUUCGCAAGGAAUUGACGCUUUUCCAUGCCAUCUGUGUGGUGCAUCUCCUUGCGCUACUCGGUCUCGAUCUGGCUAGCAAGGGACGAUAUUCCGGGUUUGGCCCCUGGCGGCUAUGGGUCUUCGUGUGUGUUCAGGUUGUCUCGUUGGCCGCCUUCAUCGCCUUCAACGUGUAUCUCUGGGUGACGGCACCCACUUUCGGCAGCCAACCCUCAUGCAACCCAGACACAGUCUACGUCGUUUUCGGCGUGAGCAUACGUGCUGUCUCGCCAAUCUUCCGAUACAUCAUACUCGGGACUCUGGGUGCGCUUGCCGGCGGGUUCAUAUUGACCUUCACCUGCAUGCUGCCUUGCGUUUGUGGCGCAUGGGUGUACAAACGGCGGCAUCCGAACAGUAGCAUCUCGUUUCAAGCUCAGGGUACGCGGGGAUGUGGUAAAUGGUUUAUUCCAGGCCCAUCUGCCAGGAGUGAGACUCGGGGUCCGAGGCCGAGUCGAGACCGUGAUGCAGGCUCGGGGCAGAGGAUGUCUGGUCAAGCUUUGCUUAACUUCACCUUGAACAAAGCAGCAUACUGUGGGCUUUGCAUCUAUCUGAUCGUUUCCCUGGAACAGACGAUUCAGCGAAACAACCUCGACCCGCAGGAGAGAGGAUGGACUUUUGGCCAGGUGAUCGCAAUCUUCUUAUUAUUGGGUGUGGCGAACGAACUCUUGAAUGUUUUGUUGGCGAACUGGGAUCGGAAAAUUGGGCGUGCUCUUGUCGUUCAGUCUCAUGACCUGCCGCUGGCUAGGCCAGCAUCUAGCGCGGAGUCCAAUGACUCGACAUGCUAA